CAACGACAAGGACCGAACGACGAUUUCUCAACAACAACAUUGACCACGGCAAACAAUUAAAACAAAAUGGUGCACCAACCUGGAACAAAUAUCAAGCUCACCAACGUCUCCAUCGUCAAGAUGAAGAAGGGCGGCAAGCGCUUCGAGAUCGCAUGCUACAAGAACAAGGUGACAGAGUUCCGCUCUGGCGUCGAGACCGACCUCUCCGAAGUCCUCCAGAUCGAGCAGAUCUUCACCAACGUGCCCAAGGGCCAGGUCGCCAAGCGCGACGACUGGACCAAGGCGUUCGGCUCGGACGACAUGAACAAGGUUAUUGAGGAGAUCCUCCGCAAGGGUGAACUCCAGGUCAACAACCUCGAGCGCGGCGCGCAGCUCGCGUCCCUCUCGCGCGAGAUCGCCACCCUCGUGACCGAGAUGACGGUCGACCCGGCCACACAACGCAAGCACACGGUCGGCAUGGUCGAGAAGGCCAUGACUGAGCUCGGCUUCUCCACCAAGGCGGAGAAGACGGCCAAGGCGCAGGCGCUGGACCUCAUCCGCCAGCUCAGCCAGCCGGGCAGCGUGCUCCCCGUGCAGCGUGUGCGCAUGCGCGUGCGCAUCACCAUGCCGUCCAAGGACGCCAAGCGCGUCAAGGACAAGGUCCUGGCCCUGGCCGAUGAGACCGAGGAGGAGGACAUGGACGCUGAGUGGGAGGCGAUUGUCAAGAUCAGCCCGUCGGCGUUCCGCGCCAUCACCGACCUCGUCAACGAGGAGUCCAAGGGCAAGGGCCGCGUCGAGUCGAUGGGCAAUGUGGCGGCGUAAGCGCGUGCGGCGGGUCGCGAUGGUGGGGUCUCUUGGUCAGGCUAGCAUAGAGCACUGUAGAGUUGUUGCAUUGUAUUAGGCAGGGU